CGACGCGGCCCGCAUGCGCCCGCGAUCCCCGCGGUUUCCGGCUCCACUCCUUCUUCCUCCUCGGAACCGCCCCACUCCCCCUCCCCCAAACCUCGAUCUCCUCCCCCACUAGCCCACCUCGAUCGCUCACCCUUCCAGUUCACACGCCCAGACAAGCGCCGGGCAGAGCAUUCCGUAUAUAUAUAUAUGUGUGCCCUGCAGCGACGUCGACGCCUACUACUGCUCCUCCGUUCUCACCGCGACCGAUCGAUCGGGUGCUAGUGCAGCAUUCUUCGAUCGUGCCUGCAGGUGUGGUCAAUGGCGGACGCGGCCACCGGGAAGGCGCAGGCGGUACGCGAGGUGUGCGCGGCGUCGGCGGCGUUCGCGUCAUGCCCGCACCGCCGCCGCUCGCCGCGCCGCCCGCCCUUCGUCGACUGGUACCUCGUCCUCGCCAUCGGCGAGGCCGCGUCGGAGGACGCCAUCAAGCGGCGCUACCGCCACCUCGCGCUGCAGCUGCACCCGGACAAGAACAGGCACCCCAAAGCAGAGCUCGCCUUCAAGCUCGUCGCCGAGGCGCACGCGUGCCUGACGGACAAGGCGCGCCGGAGAGCCUUCGACGCCGACCGCUCCACGGCCUUCUGCGCCGAGUGCCACGCCCGCCUCGCGACCACCAGGCACCGGGCCAAGAAGUCUACGCCGUCAUCGGCGCCCUCCGCGCGGCAGCACGCGCACGGCCCCGUCGCGGCGAAACCUCGUGGAGCGAGCAGUAGGAGGCCGCAUGUGCCGGCGGCGACGGAGGCGCUGCGGGAGGUGCAGAACCGGCUGCGGGACGAGUGCCGGAUCAUCGACGAAUGCCUGCGCGCCAACGGCGACGUCGCGCGGCGGCGCCAGUCCUUCCCGCUCUUCGACCCCUCCGACCAGAAUCGCUUCCCCGACUACCCGCACGCCCGGCCACCGCCCAUGACGCCGUUCCCUGGCUGCCGGCCGUUCGAGGAGGACUUCGGCGUGGCCCAGGACCAGAGGUGGUCUUGCAGAGGCGCCAGCGGCGGAGAUAGCUUCUGUGAGUCGCCGGUGUACCAGGCCACGACCGCGCCGGAGCGCGCCUCCAGGACCAGGAGGCGUCCCUGGUGCCAGUGAUCAAACUUGCUUGUUUUUCUCUGAAAAGAUGUCUUCAGAUUUAUGUGUUCAUUCUCUUCUCUUCCACGUUUAAGUUCAGUGCUACUCAACAACAGCCCACUAGAUGUAUUUCGUUGUAAGAAAAUAUUCAGAGAAUUAUCUCUUUUUAGGAGAUAAAAUAUCUUUUUC